CCCACAGACCGAGGGACAGAACGAGAGACAACCUCUGGCCCCCCGGCAGCUGGCCAGCUUUGCAGCCCACCCCGUCUUGAGCCCCCAACUACCCUCCCCUGCCCCAUCCCCUUCCCAAUUGAAGGAGCGGAAAGAGAAGAGAGAAGAGUGAGCAGAGAGAUUGAGAGAGAUUGAGAGAGAGAGAUAGACGGAGAUCUCUGGAGCAGACCUCAAGCACCCUCAGCUGCGUUAAGGUGCCAGCAGUCCUCAUCAGAACCCAGCAAGUACUUCAUCUUCAGUCACCCACAGAGUCAUCGCUGUUUGACCCCGCCCCGGGAGAAGCUCAUCGUGGAUGUUGCUCUCACAUUGUGUUACACAGCCCUGCCCAAACCGGGAGCCCGGCUUCCCUGACGUGUUACUGCUUUCCCAUUGGUCCAGCGGUCAGAUUCGCCUAAAGGAAAGCUGUCGUCGCUCCCAGGGCUGGGAAGACAGCCAGGUGACCUCCAUUUCUACCUGGUUCUCGUCUGGGGGGGCCCUGGCCGGGCAGCCCCCCCACAUUUCUCCUGCCCUGAAACACGGCUCUAGCCAACCUGCUCCGCUGCUUCACCUGCGACCGUCUGUGUGGGGGCUGCACGGCGCCAGCCCCUCCGGCCCGCCAGGGCAUCGUCCUGCAGCCCGUCAUGCCCAGCUGUGACCCUGGCCCAGCCCCUGCCUGCCUCCCCACCAAAACCUUCCGCAGCUACCUGCCCCGCUGCCACCGUACUUACAGCUGUGUCCACUGCCGUGCACAUCUGGCCAAACACGAUGAGCUUAUUUCCAAGUCCUUCCAAGGGAGCCACGGCCGAGCCUACCUGUUUAACUCCGUGGUCAACGUGGGUUGUGGGCCAGCCGAACAGCGCCUCCUGCUCACGGGGCUCCACUCGGUAGCUGACAUCUUCUGCGAGAGCUGCAAAACCACACUGGGUUGGAAAUAUGAACAAGCUUUUGAGACGAGCCAGAAGUACAAGGAAGGGAAGUACAUCAUUGAAAUGUCACACAUGGUGAAAGACAACGGCUGGGACUGA